GACCUAGAAUGUGGAUUUGAAUGAUUGGGUUUUGUUAACCACGGCAGCUGGGUGUUCAGCUGAGGAGGCUGAAUAAUAGAUCUGAGCUGUGGUCAACUGGCUUCUUUGCCCGAGUUCAAAUUCUCCAUGGAUGCCAGUGCUGACCUGCCAACAUCUCAAGUCCUCCCUGUUGGGGCAGCUGAUGCUCUGGGCGAUGGAGACCAGCAAACACCGCUAGAGACCCGGAGGCAGAUGGAGGCCUCCAACAGCCCUCUGAGCUUGGAAGUGGUUGCCCAAGAAGAACAGAAAGGCCACAAAGGUGACAAGAGUGAAGGCAAAAAGGAGCAGGAAGAGAGAAACUCCAGACAGACACUCUGUGCUGAUAGCGACAUUGAAAAGAUGCGCUUGGAUUUUGAGCUGGCCAUGGUGAAGCGCCAGCAUGAGGAGAAUGACAAACAGCGGCAACAUGAGGAAAGGAUGGAGCACAUCCGCCAGCAGUUGCCACCCAGGACCGGAGCUCGAGGGGAAGAGGAGCCCCACGGUGCCAGGCUGGACCCUAUCACCGAAAUUGAGUUGGAAAAAUUGCGCAUGGAGUUUGAGCUGGCCAAACUGAGGCACAUCUCUGAGGAGAAUGAGAAACAAAGGGAUCAUGAGCGGAAGAUGUAUGAAGACAAGGAGAAGCAGCGGCAGCAUGAAGAAAAGAUGGAGCAGAUGCACCAACGUCAAGGGAACAUCAGAAUGGUAAGCCAGAAGGUUUCCACCAACGGUAUGGCAGGAACACUGACUGAGGCGCAGUCUGCGGCCUCCGCUGAGAUGGGGAAGGUGAGGAUUGAGCUCCAGCUUGCUAUGGAAGUGUACCUUCCAGAAAUGGAGGAUAAGAAAAAGAACCAUCACUGUGAGCAGAAUAUCCUAAAGCUUGGGGCGGAAGUAGAAAGCAAACCUGAGGCAGGCAAAGCUCAAGUACCCCCUGAACAGCAGAACAAUGGUGUGACUGAACACCUGGGCCUACAAGUUCCCCGCAUUGUGGUCAAUGGUGCAGAGUCAAAGUGGUCAAGCAGCAGGCUGGACUUAGCCAUUGAGACCGAGUUGGAGAGGAGGCGGAUGGAGUUUGAGUUGGCAAGGCUGAAAUAUGAGCAUGAGGAGAACGAACGACAGCGUCGGCAUGAGGAGAAGAUGGAGCAGCUGCGUCAGCAAGGGGUGCCGCUCCGGGAGUUUCUGAAUGAAGAACCCAUGUCAUGAUCAUUGGCUGUCUUUCCUUCAUAUGCUGGAUCAUCACCCAGGAGAGAUGUACACGGAAAAGCCUUUUCAUUCUAACUAUAGAUCUCUUCUCCAUGUUGACAGUAUUAUAUGAUACUUUAUUGAAAUACUUCAGUAUGUCUGCUUUCAGAUUUAUUUUCACGAGACCAAUACUUUUAGAGACUAGAGCAUGGCUUGGAAUCACUAUGUUUAAGCACAGUUCUUGGAAUCUCCCAGCCCCAGUGCAAUUAAAAACAUAACAUUUGGUGCAUUUUUUCUUUUAAUUGCACAGAAAUCAUAUUGCGAGCAGGGGGAGACAAGAAACAUGAAAAUUAAAAAGUAAUGAAACAAAAUAAUGAAAAAAUUAGCCAGCUGGCAAUUAACUGAAAAUGCAUAAAUGAAAAACCAUGUAUGCAUAAAUUUCUAGGAAAAAAGGAAAAUUAUCCAGAUAUGUAUCCAAAGUAACACAUAUUUGAUUUAGCAUUUAAGAACUAUAGUCCCAAGCAGUAAAUUUUCUAUGUUCUAGAUUAGAGCAUCACUACAGCAGACUAUUUGCUUUCCAGUUCAAACUCAGUCUUUAAGAAUUUACUAAACUAUCAACAAAUACAUUUGACAUUCACAUCUGGAUUGUUCUGUAGGAGUAACACAUGCCUUUCUAGACACAGCAUCUUCUAGAUCAAAGAUGCCACAGUAGAAACUUAGUUUUCACAUUUACACAAUCUUUGAGACCAUGGAAGUUUCCAUCACAUGAUGGAACAAUUAAGGGUGCAGUACAGAAUUAAGGACUUGUUCAUUGAAAACGUGGGGCAGAAUCCUUUUGGUGUCUUACACAUUCAUACAUCAACCCUACAGAAACAGCUGAACAUUUCUAUUUCUGCCCAGUACAAAAUAGCUGAUUUCAGUUAAAGAUUGUGAAACCAGAGCUGCAGAUAUGCCAAUGCAUUUGUGUAUUGCAUUGCACAUGUGCAUUCGGUCAGACAACAACUCAACACAUUGAGGAAACAAUGUGCAAAUUCCAAAUAAUUCAGUGAGUGUAACUGUUCUGUGCUCUUGAUGUACAGUCUGAUCAAUUUAGAAGAUCUAUAAUCACCAACACGUUAGCUACUUGGCAAAUUGUAGGAUGUCUUUAACUUUUCAAUAAUUUGCUACAGUCUUCCUAAGCAUCUUUCUGAUAUGCAUAAUCAGUACAUUUCAAAGAGUAAAUACAACUGACCUUAAAGGCCAUGAGGGAAUACUGGGAUAAAGGCAGACUAAAAGAAAUAAUGAUGAACUCAAAGUAUUUGGAGCUUUGUCGAUGACAACCAGUGCCUUGAACUGAGCAUGAUGUUCUUUUUUUUUUGGUGUUUGGAAAGGUUAUGGUUUAAAUUACAACAUCGUUGUUUAAAAACAACUUUUCCAAGAUUUGUUCUUGGUGCACUUCUGCCAUGAAAUCUAGUCUCAAGUCACAAAUGGUGGUUCACCUCUGUGAGAAAAACCUGCACUCACCUUACCAACCAAAUUUAAUACAAAGCAUUCCUGCAACAUAGAUGGAGCCAGAUAAUCCCAAGAAUCAGAACCUAAGCAGCAGUCAUAAAACUAAUUGUGUUUGCUAUAAAGGGCAAUUUUUUUAAACUCAACAUUCUCAUUAUAUGCAAAUUCUCCUACAGAAAUGGCCAUAUUUUGUAUUUGUGAUUAUGCUGUAGAAAAAACAAAUCUAUAUGGGUCCAGUCCUUAGAAUGGAAAUACAUAUGGGUUAAUAUGUUUAUACAGGCAUUUACUUUUCCCUGAUUUCAAUUCCAUACCCAAUGCUCAAACCACUCCUGCCAUGGGUUUGUACCACACUGCAUCUGAGGAUCAAUGUAUGUGAUAUCUCACUCAAAAUGCUCAGACAGAAAACUAGAGAAGGAUCCUGUACCUUUAAUGGUGGUAUACAAGAGGGAAUUUUAGUGGAUGUUGCUUGUUGAGCAAUCAGGUAACAAAUAGAACCUACUGAAAUCCCCCCUUCUACACAACCAAUUAAGGUAUAGGAGUCCACUCCACUUUUCUCUUUGACAGUGGCUGUCAGGAUAUUUAUUUAUUUCCAACAUUUAUAUCCCGCCCUUCUCACCCGGAGGGAUUCAGGGCAGCAUACACAACUGGCAACAAUUCGACGCCAACACAUAAAUAAACAGGAUACAGGGCUCUAACAGCAUGAAAGCAGAGGUUAACCAAAACAACACCUGGCUUGUGCCAAAUCCUUUUUACUUAAAGCUAUAACUUAAAUACUUGGCCGUUUCAAGAUCCGAUUUCAAAACAUAAUGAUAGCAUACAGCUGAAGAUACAAAGCAAAGUCUCAUUAACAAUGAGCAUACUACAAGCCGACACAGGAUCAAGAAUAAACAGUAGCCAAGGUUUGCAGUCCACGAGUCAAAUGCUGAGAGUUCAUUUAUAAUGUUCCGGGGGCAAGAGUACAAACUGUAGUCAGAGUUCCAGGAGUCGAGCCAGAUAAACAAGAGUCCAGAGCCUAGAGUCCCUUAGUGUAAUGUGCGAGGUUUCAGGAGUACAAACCAUAGUCAAAGUUCCAAAGACCAAGCCAUAUAAGCAAGAGUCCAAGGGAAAUCCAAAAUCCAUAAAUCAAAAGCCAGGAGUCAGGGGAUUCAAAGUACAUCAAGGUCCAUGACAAGAUUAUAAGACCAGCAGUGUUCAAAGCAACGUUCUCACCAAGGUGCAAGGUUCAGCAAGGUACAUCACAAGACUUCACGACACAGGUCAGGAUACCACAGUCCAGCCAACAUCUACACCCAAUUACUACAGAUACCUUUUUCCCCAAACAGCUGUCUCCAACCAGGCUCUUCUUAUGCAGCUGAUCACAGAUGUAUCCUAUCUCCUCAGGCCUCUCCCCUCAUCACUACUGCCUGUGAGUCCUCACAUACAGAUCACUCUGACCUUUAGAACCAGGAGGAAGAUAAAUCUCUUCCAUGCAUUUCAUAGCAGCUACUACCCAUUACCAGCCUGCUAAGCAUGAUACUAUAUUAACCACCACCAGACUGCCAGACAUUUUAUAUACUAACCACCCCCAAUUGCUAGGCAUGCCACUAUACCAACCACCAAGGCACUGCUGGCUUAACGUUUAGAGGAAACCUUGCUUCCGUUGGCAAUUCUGGGUGGGAAAGGCAUGGCCUAUUAAUUUUGGACACUCAUUUGUGUGACGCACAGAGACUGCAGUUUCAAUCUUGCAAUAUCAGCAAUACACAGCUCCAUGUAUUUUUAACCAAUUAUUCAAACAGCACACAAAAUGCUGAUGAUAACGAGAACGUCAGGAGAUGCAGAAAGUGACCAGAGAAGAGAAAGCAAACUCCACUCUUCAGCAUUGGUCUGGAGCCAUUUGGAAGUCAGAAGUGAUUGAGCCAAUGGAGCCAUGGAUAAUCUGGCCCUGUUGUCCAGUACAGAAUACGCUGCACAGCAGUGGAUGGGAACAAAGCCAAAAUUAGGAGGAAAACCCUGAAAAUGCUUCCUCUACUGCUGACAAUGGGACAGAGCAAACAUCGGCUCCUGAUGACCUGACUGAGCCCCCCUGUACCCCAAAUGAAGCAACAGACCCUCUAGACAUCAGACAGGAAGAGGCACACUUGAGGACAAAGGCACAGCUGGGGUUGGAAAGCCUUCAUCCCAACACGGAGCGUGAGUUGGACAGCUGGGUCCCAAUACAGCACCCCAGCAAAAAGGAGGGCCAUGACGCUUUGGCACCCCAGCUGAAGAAGAUGCGUCUCGACAUGGAGCUCACCAUGACCAGAUACCGCUAUGAAGAUAAAGAGAAGCAAAGGCAGCACAAAGAGAAAAUGGAAGAGAUACGUCUACAGGCCCCAUCAACACAGCCUUCUGAGAGAGGUCAUUCCCUUCUCGUACCUCAGGAUCAGCUCACCUUGUUCCUGUAUUGCUUCAUCUUCAUUCACAUCAUCUAUAUACUGAAAGAGCUGGUGUUCUUUUUCAUUAAGAAGCAUGAGAUGUUUACCAUCAUUUUCCUCCUCAUAUGUGUCAUUAAAGCGUUUUGGAAGUAGAGCCUUUGAGCAUGAAUGUGUUUCCCUUUUCCCAGCACUCCUCAGUGACUCUCAGUUCUUUAUAGACUUCAUUUAACCCAACCCUCCCUUUGCUAUCCCCUUUCUAGUACAAAGAAUCUGUAAGCCAGUUCUGGCCACAUCAUUCUGUCGAUUCUACCCCAGCAACAUGAUAAAGUGUUUAAAUAAAGUACAUUGAUAUAUA